AUGGCAGCGGAGAGGAGAGUGGGAGUAGCAGUGGAUUUCUCAGCAUGCAGCAAGAAAGCUCUGAGCUGGGCUGUUGAUAACGUUGUACGGAAAGGGGAUCACCUUAUUCUUAUCACCAUACGGCCAGAAGGCUAUUAUGAAGAAGGCGAGAUGCAGCUGUGGGAGGCCACCGGUUCUCCAUUGAUCCCACUAGUUGAAUUUUCCGACUCUCAUGUUAUGAAGAAAUAUGGGGUCACUCCUGAUGCAGAAACCUUGGACAUUGUCUCCACCGCUGCUAGGCAGAAAGAGAUUGAGGUACUAAUGAAGAUUUUCUGGGGAGAUGCCCGGGAGAAGUUAUGUGAAGCUGUCGACAAAAUACCUCUGGACUGCAUUGUUAUUGGAAACAGAGGGCUUGGCAAGAUAAAGAGGGCGAUCAUGGGCAGCGUCAGUAAUUACGUGGUGAAUAAUGCUUCCUGCCCCGUCACGGUCGUGAAGAAUGUGGAGCAUGAGUAA